AGUUCAUUUGAACGCUGUUGACAUGUACUGCUCCUUAAAUUGGUCCAUACUUGUUACGUGUUGAAAUUGCCCUUGCAACUGCUGCUAUAGAUACUGGCAGAGUUUCUGACAAAAUGGCCGCGUAUUUGGAGUUGCUUAUGUUUGCAAUUAUAAUCACAUCGUCUUGCGGAACAGAUGGUUGGUUUAAAGUUGCUGUGUUUGAGCAUGCUCGUCAAGGAGAUUCAACUCCAGAGUCAGCACAAAGUGUUAUCAGCACUAAUCUAGAUUUUUAUAAAAGAGCAGCAACUGUGGCCAAGGCAAAGGCAACUGAGCUAAUUGUGUAUCCAGAAUAUGGGAUUUUCGCACCCCAACCUACGCGAGCUGAAAUACGGGAAUUCCUAGAAAGUAUUCCAGAUCCUGAAGUAAACCGUACAAAUCCUUGUAAUGAGCCAGAGAGGUACCAGAGCCGUCCCAUACUAUACACACUCAGUUGCAUAGCAGAACAAAAUCGCCUGAUAGUCGUAGCAAAUAUGGGAGAAAUUACACAUUGCGACAAUAACCCAGAAUGUCCAGAUGACGGAGCUUUCCACCUAAAUACAAAUGUUGUUUUCGACAAGGAUGGAACUCUUAUUUUUCGCUAUCAUAAAGAACAUUUAUUCUUCGAACUUGCUUUGGAUCUUCCCAAAGAAAAUCAUAAUCCAGUAUUCACAACUGAAUUGGGAACGUUCGCUACUUUCAUAGCUUUUGAUUUGGUGUUUAAAAAAGCCGCUGAAGUUGCUCGACGACCAGACGUGGAUGCAGUCCUCUGCUCCACCUACUGGAUAAAUUCAUUCUCAUUGCACACAUCCAUACAGUUCUGGGAAUCGUGGGCCAUUGGAAAUAAGGCUACAUUUCUCGCUGCCAAUGUUCAGGCUCCAGGUUAUUUGGCCGUGGGAAGUGGAAUAUUCAAAGGAAAAAAUGGAUCAUUAGCAUACACCCUAUACCCUGAUGGAAUAUCAAAACUUUUAGUGGCAGAAAUUUCAAGAAAAUCAGCCAGCAAUGUGCACCGAAGACCACUCGAAUCUAGUGUGACACUUAUAACAAAAGAUGGGUCUUAUGAUUGGCAAGGUGAUGGAAAAGAUCUCCCGAAGGAGUGCGAUGACAUAAAACAAGGUAAGAAAAAGGAUAAUAGCAAGGAAUUCCAGUGUUUCAAAGAAAGCCUGGAGAAGUAUUCAUUGAUUAAACUGUCCCAACCAAAAGGUCAUGCUCAAGCCUGCAACAACCAAAUGUGCUGUUCUGUGAAUUAUGUAACUAGUGGUUUAAAAAGUAAUUUUUAUCUGGCUGUCUUUAACGGUACACAUAACUCUUUCGAUCGAUACUUUUGGGUUGAAGAAAACUGCUUCCUCGCAAGAUGUGAUAUUUUAGACGGAGAACGCUGUGAUUUUCAGACCAAAUCCAAGACCCGUUUUCACAGCCUUCACCUGACAGCGAACUUUACAACAUCAUAUGUUUAUCCAUCAGUGAUGAGUAGUGGUUCAAGGCUAGUGCCGGUGCACAAAUGGAAUAUAACUGAAUACUUAAAUACACAAUCCAUCAACUUUUAUAGUUUACAGGGAUUGGAGCUCCUUGUAGCCAGCUUCAAAGGUCGAUGUUACGAUAGAGAUCCACCCUAUGUGCGAUAGCUGCAGAAAGUUGAGG